UUAAGCUGUUGACCCGCCGCACUCUUGCCGUCACGCACAUGAUCAACCAAACAAAGAAAUAUGAAGAUAUGAGCAGAAGAUCUGAGGAAAGUAGGAAAAAAACAGAAAAUACAAAACCAGAGAAGAACCACAACACCUCCCACAUUACUGGUGGCGACCAAGGACCUCCAUCCUUCAACAUUCUUCUCCUGAGUUCACUAGGGCGUAGCGGGUCGAGUUUCCUGGGCGAGCUACUGGCGACCCAAGCCGGCGUCUUCUAUUACUUCGAACCUCUACGCAACAUCGAGGCACGCAAACAACUGCAGCCCGACACCGUCCACCAAGCUCUACAAGCACUCUUUACCUGCAACGUCAGUGGUCUUGUAAUUAACGCAAUGCAGAACAGUUCGCCUUAUUUUACUUUGAGAAACAGAUAUGGAAAAACUUGCAAAAGGAAAUGCUUUCAUCCCAAGAAACUCAAUGAAGCUUGCCGGAAGGAGCCCAUUCGUUUGGUGAAGACGAUCAGAAUGCGCGUGGCCUCGUUGCCACCUCUCCUCGAUGAUGCCGCCAGCAAGCUGAAGGUGAUUCACUUAGUUAGAGAUCCCAGAGGAUCUCUUAUAUCGUACCAGAAGCUGAAGUGGCAUGCCUUACCAGAGGUCAGCUGCAACUAUAUCAAUCACGACUUACGAAAUGGCACGAACCUCCUCAAGCAAUAUCCGGGAAGGUACAUGGCGGUGCGGUACGAAGACCUGUGUAUGGAUCCUGAGAAAAUGGCCCGCAUGAUCUUCUCCUUCCUGGGUUACCACACUCUCCCACCUGCUACUGUCAGCUUCCUGGAGCGAUUUACUUCAAGAGACAACGCAAGCAAAAAAUUCAACAUCAAGAGGAACUCUCGCAGAAUGUUGCAGCAGUGGCGGUCUGUCAUCACUCAGGACCAGCUGGUGGGGAUCGAGAAGGCGUGUGGCUCCACUAUCAACAACCUCGGCUUUCAUCUCUUCCACGACCUCCAUAAUGCGAGAAACUUGUCUCUUCCCCUUUAUGUCAACUCAACCCAAAAUAAUUUCUUUCUGUACAACGUUGUUGAUUAAAUUAUAAAUGUU